AUGCCAGGCGCUGCUGUGGUUCUCGUCGGACAUCAGCAACUCAAGGUCCAGCAGCACGUAGGCCAGGUCGCCACCGUUGUUGAAGGUGCUCAGGCUAUGGCUUAUUGUUUGGCACAUGGCGAGCUGAUGGCCGCUGUGGGUCGUUCGCCCCGCGUGAAGGUCAUGCAAAAGGGUGUAAUGCUGAAGAAUGGGAUUCCAAUGGCGGAGCUGGGCCGCCCAGGCCGCCGCGGCCUUCAACAGGCGCGUGCCGCCCUCCCGCCGAAGCCGCGCCGCGAUGCGGAGGACAAACCGGGAGGACUCCAGCGCGUCCACCACGUGGGUCACGAGGUCGUAGGGGAAGGGGUAUAA